AUGCUAUAAAGUUCCCUUGAGUUUGAUCUGGUCUCUGAGAUAUUUAGCUUAUAAUGGACUGUAACAAGGAAGAGGCCUCCAGGGCAAAGGCCUUGGCAGAGAAUAUGAUGCUGAGAGGUGACUUCCCCAAGGCUCAGAAGCUUGUGAUGAAGGCUCAGAGGCUCUUCUCAGGUCUUGACAGCUUGCCCCAAAUGUUAGCCGUGUGUGAUGUACAUUGCUCCGCCGACCAGAAAAUCAACGGUCUUGAGAACUGGUACGGUAUUCUUCAAGUUAAGCAUUUUUCCGACGAUGCUGCGAUCAAGAAGCAGUACAGGAAGCUCGCCUUGCUUCUCCAUCCUGACAAAAACAAGUUUGCUGGCGCUGAGGCUGCUUUCAAGCUGGUUGGGGAAGCUAACAGGUUGCUUGCUGACAAGGAGAAACGGAGUCAGUAUGAUAUCAAGCGCAGGAUCAAUUCACAGGUUGCUAGCAGACAGUGGAAUGCAAACUCUGGAGCUGCAAAGAGUGGUGGUGACAGUACAGUUAAGAAGGAAACGUUUUGGACGUGUUGUGAUUGUGGCUAUAAGUAUAAUUACUUGGGACAGUAUGUGAACUCCAAAAUGUAUUGUUCCCGUUGUCAAAGGUCAUUCAUGGCCUACGACGUUGGGUUUAAUGGAGUGCCGCCUAAACCCAGCACUAGUCAGAAAGAAGUUCAACAUCAGGGACCUUGUGGCACUCCUGUGAGUAGAAACGUGGAGUCUACUUGUGUUCAACCAGGAAGUGUAGCAGCUGAAGUUGAUAAGAAAGAAUCUGCCAAAGAGAAAUUCAACGAGAAGAGUGGAGGAGGUGAGAAAAAUGCUGAAGUAAGAAAACCCAAAAUGGAGGAUGGAUCGAUGAAGAAUGAUAAACCCAAGGAAGGUGAGGAGAAGGUGGACAAUGUAGCUGAUCUACCCAAAGCUGAUGGUUUGAAGCCACAACCUGAGGUUACAGAACCAGAAAAGGUUGCAUCAAGAUCUGUCCCUGAUGAAUCAGUUUCAAGGACUAGUCAGGCAGCCUCAGUGAACAAGGGCAAAAGAAAGAGGAGAGAGAUUGGUGAGGAGACGACUGAGGUUAGAACAGAUUCAAAGGAUAAUAGUAGGAGGACAUCUCCAAGGAAAAGGCAGCAGGUUUCUAGCGGAGAGAAGGGAAGAAGUGAUGGUGCUUUAAGCCCUCACACCAACAGGUCAAGCUCAAAAGUUGGAUUAAAAUCUGAGCGAACUACCAAAAAACAAAAGUUAGGUGUUGGAUCAUCCAAACGUCUUGCUUCUGGUGGUUCUUCCGCCCCUUCAUGUGUUGUUAAUGGAAAGGCUAAUAAAAGGGUGGAUUCUGGAUAUCAAGAAAGCUUGUCAACGGAAGACAAUAACCACAAGCCUGUUACGCAUGAUUCACCUGAUCCAGACUUUCAUAAUUUUGAACUGGCAACAAGCUCUUUUGCUGUCAACCAGGUGUGGUCUCUGUAUGAUCCGACUGAUGGUAUGCCUAGGUCUUAUGCUCGUAUUACAAAAGUGACUGAAGCUGAGUUCAAGGUGUGUAUUACGUGGCUUGACCCCUUAGAAGAUGAUAGUGAUAACUCUGUUCCCAUUGCUUGUGGAGUUUUCCAAGAUAGGGAGCCACAGGAAGUAGACGACCGUUUGAUAUUCUCUUGUCAGAUGCUUCAUGUACCUGGUGACAGCAACACCGUUAUUUAUCCAAGAGCAGGAGAAGUUUGGGCAGUUUUCAGAGGCUGGGAUAGCAGUUGGAAUGGUAGCUCAGGUAUUCAUAAAGGAAUUUAUGAAUAUGACUUUGUUGAAGUUCUGUGUGAUUUUAAUGAUGUGGAUGGCGUUGAAGUGGCUUACUUGGGAAAAGUGGAAGGGUUUGUUUCCCUGUUUCGCCGAAAUGUGAAGUAUGGAUUUCUCCAACUUCAGAUUCCGCCAAACGAGAUGCUAAGGUUUUCUCACAAAGUCCCCUCAUUCAAAUUGACUGGAAGGGAGAGAGAAGGUGUUCCUCCUGGGUGCUUCGAAUUAGACACUGCUGCUUUACCAAAAGACAUGUUCGAGGUUGUAAAGCCUAAAGUUGAAGUGCAUGCAAAGAAACAUCAAAAACUCAAUGGCAAUCACAGUUCGUCCUCCAAAGCAUCUGAAGGAACAUGCUUGAAUCAUGAAAUGAACUCAGUGAAGAAGUCCAAGAAGAGUGUCAAAGCAGUGGAUGGCUUGAAACUGCGACAAUCCCCUCGUGUUCUGAGUGAAACAAACAACCAAGCAACUUCAAGCCCAAGCCAAGAGAAAGAUGAGAAGAAGAGUGCUAACGAUGAUGUGUCCAGCGGACAGCCAGAUGUGUUUUGUUUCUCAGAUGAGACGAUGACUACACCGAAGAAACCUGCAAAGGUCGUCACUGCAGCUGAUUCCUCAAGAAUCAGGAGAACACACACAUCCACAGGGAACUCAAAGAAGCGUGGGAGAAAUGGUGAGUCAUUGUCUCAGUCCAGAGGUAGUGGUUUGUUGAAUGGUACUGAAAAAUCCUCAGUUUCAGAGACUCAUGGGCCAUCCAGUUGCACAACCAGGCUAGCAAACGCUUAUAACUUUGAGAACCAGAGAUCCAAGGACAAGUUUCAGAUUGGUCAGAUAUGGGCUAUUUACAGCAAUGAUGACAAAGGGAUGAUGCCAAGAAAGUACGCUCAGGUUAAAAGAAUCGACACAAGUCCUGAAUUCAAGCUACACGUAGCACCUCUAGAGCUGUGUCGUCCUCCAAAUCUCAUGACACAUCCUCUGUGCUGUGGCACUUUUAAGUUGAAAACAGGUACAGCAGAUGUUCUUGUACCUAGCAGCUUCUCACAUCUGAUUAAAGCUGUGAAGAAAGGUAUAAACAGAUACGAAGUGUAUCCAGGAAAGGGUGAGAUAUGGGCUUUGUACAAGAACUGGAACACUACAGAUUGUGCCGAGACUGAAGAAGAAGAACUUGAGAUUGUGGAAGUAGUUGAAACCAACGAGCAGAGCGUACAAGUGGUGCUAUUGACUGCUAAAGUGUGUAACAAGCUUCUCUACGGAAGGUGUGUGGAGACAGUGGCUGGGUUUGUAGACAUUCCAAAGACGGAAGGGAAAAGAUUCUCGCAUCAGGUUCCAGCGUUCAGACGUGAGAGAAGUGGAGACUACGAAUGGUGGGAGCUUGACUCUAAAGCACUAAUUGGUCUUUAACUCAAAAGAAGCUUAAGUCUCUUUCUUUUUGUUAAUCUUGUCUAGUUUAGAAUGUGAUGGUAGAAUGUGAUGCUAAACUAAAACAUGAAGAAAAGACUGAAUAUAUUAUAAUAAGAGAGAAAGAAAUAUAUUUUCCGGAUUCCAAAAA